AGAGAAAGUGUAAAUCUUUCUAUACUCCCCAAUCUGUUUUUAUUUUGUUAUUGUAGUAAUUGUUUUUGGAGUUAAGAGCAGCAGGAAUGGGUCGUCGCAGUCGCAGCGGAAGAAGAGGGGGUGGAGGAAGGUCUCGUUCUCUUUCUCGUUCUCCUUCUCGUUCUCACGCACAUUCCCAUUCCCAUUCCCAUUCCCAAUCUUCUGCUGAUGAUGGUGAACAUGCUGCCAAUCAACAUAAAACAAAAUCUUCUGGAAGUGAUGGGCCAUCUUCCGAUGGUGGCUGGUUUUCUUGGGGUGGUGGUCGUUGGUUUUCUUUUGAAAGAGUUGAGUGUAAGGAUCUUUAUCAAAGUGUGUGACUUUGCGUUUAAAAGAUAGGGAAAAAGAUGUUUAUGGAACUUGCUCUAGAUACCAGGAAGAGUUUGAAGAGUUAUGUGGUAAAAAAUAUAAGUCUCUUUUGAGUAGCUGGUGGACUGAGAAGGACGAGAAAAGACUGUGUAAGUGGUGGUCAAAAUUUCUGAGAUGCAGUGCAAGAGAUCCGAUGGGCCUAAAGAUUACGAAACUUUUUUGUUAGUCCUGAAAGAGCAUGCAGAGGCAUUAAACUUGAUUAGUGUUCAGUUUCUGUUUGGAAUUUAAGCUGUGGCUGUGCUUUCACCAAAAAUUAUUUUAGUGUUUGGGUAGCUAUUUAUCAAAUGUUCUCGUGACGUUCUCUUUAGGUAUAAUUAAGUUGUUAUUAACUU